AUGGAUUCUGAGGCUGAAACGUGCAGUAGUGGUGGCUCUCCGCUGUCCUCAGCGUCGUCGGCGUCGUCGUCGAGGGAGGCAGACAGACAGAUCCUGGAAUGGGCCGCCAAGCUCGAGUUGGAGACCGCUGAGGUGAAGCAGCACGCGCAGGUGUUGGCGUCGCAGCGGAGGGAGGUGUCCACCGUGGUGGACGCGGCAACGGCCAAGUUGCAACGAGAGAUGAGACACAGGUUUGAUACGCUGGACCAAAGAGUCGCGCGUCUCGAGCAGAGCCAGGCGGAACUGUUGCAGCGGCUCAGCGAGAGUGUUGCACCCGUACAGGAGCAACUCGAGCAGAUGACCGGCGUGCUUGCGUCCUUGUCGCAAGAGGUGUUCACUCUCGGGUCCCGGCAGUUGCAAAUGGAGUCGCAAUGGCACAGGAACAACUGGACCCGCCCGCGCAGCGCUCCACCGUCUCGAUGUGACGGUGACAGCCCACAGGUGGACCAUUUCGAAGGUACUACACUCGAAGUAGCUGCACCCGCUGUUGUGUCACAAGUGCAGACCCGUCCGAGGGCUAAGUCCCCGUCCCCGUCUUACCCCAACGGCGGAGGCGGACGCAGCUCCUAUAAAAGGCCUCGAAGAACGCUAAUUCCGUGGGAUGAGACCCUUUGA